GCAGCGUCGUAAAUCCAACAUGUCGACUGCCAUGACCGGACGGGGUGUGGCCGUUGUGAGGAGUAUAUGUGGGCUGUUCCAGUCACGGUUGCCGGGACUGGGUGCUGUGGCCCCGCAGCUUUCAUGUCUCCACACCAGCUCCUCCCUGGAAACAAAACAGUGGGAGAAGAAGAACCUGCUGGUGUACCCGCCUCAGCUGCCAGACGAGCCCCGAAGACCAGCAGAGAUCCACCACAGCCGGAGACAGAUUAAGUACAGCAAAGACAAAAUGUGGUACCUGGCCAAAAUGAUCCAGGGCAUGAGCAUUGAUCAGGCUAUCGCACAGCUGGAGUUCAAUGACAAGAAAGGAGCAAAAAUUAUGAAAGAGAUACUUCUUGAAGCUCAAGAGAUGGCAGUCAAGAAUCACAAUGUGGAGUAUAAAUCCAAUCUUCACGUAGCCGAGUCCUUCUCUGGCAAAGGCCAGUACCUGAAGCGGAUCCGGUUCCAUGGCAGGGGCAGGUUUGGCAUCAUGGACAAAGUUUACUGUAACUAUUUUGUCAAGCUGGUAGAAGGUCCGCCACCCAAAACGGAGAAGAGAACAGGCUUCGACCAGGCCAAAGAAUACGUCCAGGAGUUGAAGAACCGAACCAUCGUCCACAGUCUGUAGACACAUAGAUUCUGGUUAUUGUUCAAAGCCAAGCAGCGUGUGUGUAUGUAUCAAUUUGAUAUUUGUAUAUAAAUAAAUACAUGAGUGGAUUAGU